GUAUGAUUUUGCGCAGCUGCCGCACGACCAGCUGUCAGCCCUCAAGAACUCACUUCUGCAACUUAUGGUUGCUUACACGGGCAAGCAACGGCUUGUCAUCACACAGCUGUGCAUCACGCUCGCCAAUUUUGCUCUCCAGUAUCUGGACUGGAAAAACGCCGUCGACGAGAUUGUUUCCGUGCUCUCGGGCCCUGCCACCGACACUCUGCUUGAAUUCUUGAAGAUUUUGCCCGAGGAGCUGCUCGACGUGAAAAAGACUCCGUUGACCGACGAGGAGUUUGAGGUCCGCGCAAACGAGCUUCUGGCCGCCAAUGUGCAGUCUGUGCUGUAUAUUCUCACAACGCUAGCAGAGUCGCGGGCCUCCAACUCGGCGUCCACCAACAGGCUCGUUCUGGAGUGCAUCAAGUCCUGGAUCAUCGACAUACCUUUCGAGCAGGUUCUGUCCAACAACGCGUUGUGCACGCUGAUUUUCGACGGACUGCUUGCCGACGAUAUGUUCGACACGGCGAUCGAUUGUCUAUCGACGAUUGUCGGCGAGACGGCCGACUGCAACAACGACAGCGUUGUGGAAGCUCUCUACGAGCAGCUGCUCAAACUGAAGCCACUCAUGGCUCAGACCCAGGACGAUCCCGAGAAAGUGGAACGGUUCACAGAGCUGUUUGCGACUGCGGGCGAGGCGUGGCACGUGCAAAUUGCGAAAAAGCCCUACAACUUCAAGCCGCUCGUCGACAUCAUCCUGCAACUCACAGCCUACGAGGAGGACCUCGACGUGGUCAAGUACACGUUCAAGUUCUGGUACGAUCUCAAGACGCUGCUAAUUUCCGACGCCCGGCGCGAGGCCCGUGCCUGUUUCACGCCGACGUACACACAGCUGGUGGAAAUCAUGAUUAAGCAUCUGCGGUAUCCGACAACCUCAAACUCGACUGAGCUGCGAGAUCUCUUCCACAACGACAAGGAGGCCGAGGACAAGUUCAAGGAGUUCCGCUACGACAUGGGAGACGUUCUGAAGGACUGUUGUGCGGUGAUUGGUGCCCCGGUGGCCCUGGACAUCCCGUUCAAGAUUCUGCAGAGCCAGAUGAACUUGCAAAUGCAGGGACAGCCAGUGACGUGGCAGGAGAUCGAGGCGCCGCUGUUCAGCAUGCGUGCGAUGGCCAAGGAGGUCGGCACGAACGAAAACACAAUCUUGCCUCAGAUCAUGCGGUAUCUGGUUCAGCUACCAGAAAACCCCAAGAUCCGGUACGCAGCAACGCUGGUGCUCGGCCGGUACACCGAAUGGACGGCCAAGCAUCCGGAGCACCUGGAGGAGCAGCUCAACUACAUCACCAGCGGCUUCCAGCAGCAGCAGAAUAUGGAUAUCAUCAUUGCGGCGUCGCAUGCGCUCAAGUAUUUCUGUAUGGACUGCGCGGAACUGCUGAGUAACUAUCUGGAACAGCUGUACAAUUUCUACUCGAACGUGGAGCCAUCGUUGGACAUCGACUCGCUGUACGACAUCACGGAAGGCAUAGCACAUAUUCUGAAGGAGGAGCGUGACCAGGACAAGCUGUACAACAUCACGUUGAUGUUUUGGAAGCCGACUUUGGAGAAAUUGAACCAAUAUAGCAGCGCGCAGCCGGCCACUGCGCAGGAGCUCGACAAAUUGCAUACGCAGAUCGCCGACACCGUGGAGAUCCUCACCAUCUACGUGGACGCGCUCCGACCAAAAAGCUUCUCGAAUGCAAGCCAUCCGGUGGCCCGCAUCGUGAUGGAGAUCGUGUGGCCGUUGGUGGUGCGGCUCGUCGAGACACACGGCCGGUCGGUCAAGGUGAGCGAGCGGUGCAUGAAGCUGGUGAGACGGUCGCUGCAGAGCUACAAGACGUACCUGCUGCCGGUAGUGUCGACGACUGCAGAAUUGCUUGUUUCAGGGUUCCAAAACUACAAACACGGGUGCUAUUUAUGGGUUUCUGGGGCAUUCAUCAAGGAGUACGCUGCAGAAGACGACGUUUCUGCAGACAUCAAGGAAGCAGUCUGGGGGUUUUCGGUGCAGCAGGCAGGAAACUUCAUCAAGAUUUUCAACGAGCUUGGAAAAGACGACAUUCCCGAAUACACUGAGCUGGUGGAGGACUUUUUCCGGAUGGGUAACGACGUGCUCAUGUUUCUGCCCGUGAAGUUGCUCGAGAGCAGUCUGGUGGAGCCGGUGUACCGGGUCGCGGUGCGUGCGCUGGAGACGUAUCCGGAGUACGGCACGAUUUCGUCUGUGCUACAGUUUUUGGUGGAUCUGUACUCAUGGGGAUUUGAGACGCCGCCGGUCUCGAUGGCGGACGACAUCCCCGAGGCGCUGAAAUACAAGGUGCUGAAUUUCGCCGUUGCGACGGGCGAGGAGUUGCUGACUAAGCUGCUUGGCGGACUAAUUUUCACUUUCCCUAGCGACUGCUGGCCCGAGGCGAACGAGCUUGUGGUUAAGCUGGUAAAGCUGAGCAUGCUGCAGGGCGGCUCCAAGGUGGGUCUGGGGUGGCUGGACCGCGCGAUGCUGAGCUUGCCGCGGGGCAGCGUGAGCGACAGCGAGCGGCUCAAGCUGCUGCGGACGGUGGAAACGGCAAUUAAUUCCAACGACUUUCGACGUGUGAGAACAAGCGUCCGCGACUUUGUUAGCUGGUACAGACGCAAGAAUGUCGACAGACGCAACAAUCAAUAGGACAAUCGAAUCGGUCGGCGAAUCUGAAAUAUGCACCUCAUAAUUGCCCAAUCCGGAAGAGUGAGCCCAAUUGUUGGUGUCCGGGGGGGUUUGUGCAAAAAUCUGUUUCCUUGUGCUAACAAUAGCCACUGCUGGCUGGCCAGCCCUGCACACACUAGACUAGAGACGGUGCGUGGAUGGCCAUUGUUGCCGCGCACUAACGAUUCGUUACGUAACUUCGAAUGGCAUGCCGGUUCUAUAUAUAAUGGAUCCAGGAUGUGCAGAAGAGGCAGUAUAUAUAAAGCAGCUUGUUCCUCCUUGGCACAUUAGGCUUAUGAACUCCAAUGAACAUCAGCGCCAUAGAUAGCACGUCUGGCCGCAACGAGUUCCAGCACUUCAAGGCAGACUUCUUCAAGAGCCGGUCUCUCUCUGUGGGCACAGACGCCUCGGACGACCUCAGCGACGAGUGUCGCUCUUGCUCGUCGCCGAUCCGUGCCAACAGACGCUCCUGCGACGGAGCCCCCGGCCGGCGCUGUGCGCUCGUAUCUCCCCUGCAAUGUCUGUACAGCCCGCUUGGCAAGCUCACCAAGAAACUGAAGCAGGCAGUCUUGCCCGCUCCCAUCGUGACCGCCUCCGACUCGCUCUCGUCGGUCAUGUCUGCGUCCACGGCAAACACCUCGCCCGCCACCUCGCCUUCCGCCAACCUCAAGCUGCUCAGCCCCCUGAUGCCAGCCCCAUCGUGCAACCACUGCGUACCAGACAUCGCGGACGAGUACUUUCUCAAACACCAAGCCGGCUCCGCUUCUGCCUGCUCCGCCACAGACUCCGACAGUCUGUACUCCCUAGACGACUCAUCCGAUCGAGUCUCGACCCACGUACGCGCCAGCAGCGACCUGCGGUUGGGCACACAAGCUCGCGAGCUCAGCUCGCUGCUGGCCACCGCGCAUGACAGUCCCGGCUGGAGCGUCAAGGACGGCCUGCUCAUUCCUGCGGACGCGGCACCCGACCCCGAGCUCGAGCACGAGCGCGAGCGGCACGACCACGACGUGGUUGCCGACCUCGUGGCCACGGACACCCUCAAGAAGCUGCCUAUCCCGCCGCUCGAACAGACCGUCCAGAAAUACCUCGACGUGCUCAAGCCCCUCCAGACGGAGCACGAGCACGCUCAGACGGUCGCAAACUGCCGCAGGUUCCUGGAGACGUCCGGACCCGUGCUCCAGAACCAACUGCUGGAGUACGCCAAGACCAGAGAUUCGUAUAUCGAGCAGUUUUGGUACGACUCGUACCUGAACUACGACUCGCCCGUCGUGCUGAACCUGAACCCUUUCAUUAUGCUGGAGGACGACCCUACGCCGCUGCGGUCGACGCAGCUGUCGCGCGCCGCGAGCCUGGCCACCUCGAGCCUGCGGUUUGUGCGUGCUCUUCGUCGCAACGAGCUCAGCGUCGAUCGACUCAAGAACGGCGUCGUUCUCGACAUGGACCAGUACCCAAAGCUGUUUGGCUCCAGCAGAGUGCCCACGCACACAGGCUGUGUUCUGCAGACCGACGCGCAGUCGCGCCACAUCGUCGUGCUCAGCCGGUCGCAAUUCUACUGGUUUGACGUCAUGGACAGCAACAACGACCUGAUUCUCACCGAGGCAGACAUCAAGCUCAAUCUGCAGAGCAUUGUCGAGGACUCCGAGACGACGAGCGUCCGCGACGUGGCCAAGUCGUCGUUCGGCGUGCUGACGACAGAAAACCGCCGCAUCUGGGCCGGUCUGCGCGAGAAAAUUGUCCGUGACCCAGACAACGCUGAAAUCGUGCGCGUGCUCGACACGGCGCUCUUCGUUGUCGUUCUGGACCACGUCGAGGUCGGCAACGACCUCACGCGCAUGGCGAAAAACUUCCUGUGCGGCGAGUCGCGUCUUGAGAACGGCGUCCAGGUCGGGACCUGCACCAACAGAUGGUACGACAAGUUGCAGCUUAUCGUCACCAAGGACGCCAAAGUCGGCAUCAACUUCGAGCACACGGGUGUGGACGGCCACACCGUGCUGCGCUUUGCCUCGGACAUCUACACGGACUCGAUUCUGCGCUUUGCGCGCACGAUCAACGCCAACUCGCCGUCGCUCUGGAAAUCGUACUCGCCAGACCCUGCAACCAGAGACCCGUCCACGUUUGGCAACGUGGUGACGUCGCCCCGCAAGCUCGAAUGGAAGCUGACGACGGAGCUGUCGUUGGCGCUGCGGUUUGGCGAAACAAGGCUCAGCGACCUCAUCAACCAGAAUGAGUUUGCUACGCUCGAGUUCAAGUCGUACGGAAUGGAGCGUAUCAAGAAAAUGGGCAUGUCGCCCGACGCGUACGUCCAGAUGGCGUUCCAGCUCGCAUACUACGCGCUCUACGGCAAGAUCGAGUCCACGUAUGAGCCGGCGAUGACAAAGCAGUUCUUGCAUGGCCGCACAGAGGCCAUCCGCACGGUGUCGCUGCAGUCGAACGAGUUUGUGACCAAAUUUCUCGACGACAACGUGGCGGUGCGCGACAAGGUGCAAUUGCUCAAGGACGCGUGCAACGCGCACUCUGCCAGAACCAAGCAGUGCUCUCAGGGACUCGGCCAGGACCGGCAUCUGUACGCCUUGUUUUGCAUCUGGAAAAGAUACUACAGCGACGAGAGUCUCGGCGAGAUAUCGGACUCGGACGACGAAAACACGCUCAGCGACACGCGCGACCCGCUCAAGGACGUGUCGUUGCGCGAGAUCCCACCCAUCUUUGCAGACGCCGGCUGGGACAAGCUCAACAACACGAUCAUCUCGACGUCCAACUGCGGCAACCCGUCUUUGAAGUUGUUUGGGUUCGGCCCCGUGUCGCCAAAUGGGUUUGGACUCGGCUAUAUCAUCAAAGACAACUCCAUAACUAUCUGCGCGUCCUCGAAACAUCGCCAGACUCAGCGGUUCCUGGACACAUUGAACAGCUCGUUCCUGGAAAUGGAGCACACGUACGUCGAGUCGCUGAAACCGGACGACGAGACCUCGUUCGGGACGGAAAUCACCAACAAACUGAACGACCUGCGUGUGGGACGUGGUCGCAAGGCAAGACCGGCCAUCAUCCGUCUUCUAGGUGGCUACGACUCGUUUGAGGUGGACCCGAACUCAGACCUCAUCAAGUCUCGCGAGCAGUCUCCGGAACCGCCUUUCGCGCGCCAGAAGGUGUUCACCAACAGAGACAUCGGCAAGAAGUUGCGGCUUGCCGAAUACUGAGCAUUGGCUA